CCACCACUUCCGCCUCCACAUUAGCCACGAUGGAGACCGCCUUCGCACUUACGGGAAAAGGCUAUGUACUCCUCGCCGCUGACACCACCGCCGUGCACUCAAUUAUCAAGGUCAAGACUGAUGUAGACAAGAUCAAAGAGCUCAGUCCGUGCCUACUCAUGGCCUACUCCGGAGAGCCUGGUGACACCGUGCAAUUCGCGGAAUACAUCGAACGGAAUAUCCGUCUGUAUCACAUUCGCAACAACUUCCCUCUCCGCCCGCCAUCCGCCGCCUCUUGGAUCCGACGGUCGCUUGCAGACUCGCUGCGCAGUCGGAAGCCGUAUUCUGUCAACUUGCUCCUCGGCGGAUACGACACGAGCACGUACAUGCCGCAUCUCUACUGGAUGGACUACUUUGGUACACUUGCAGAGGUGCCCUUCGCUGCGCACGGCUAUGGAAGCUACUUCACGCUUUCACUCCUCGAUAAAUAUCAUGACCCGGAGGCAACUGUUGAAGAGGGCAUUGCCACUCUAAAGCGAUGCAUAGAUGAGGUGUCCAAACGGCUGGUAGUGUCACCCGCCCGCUUCAAGGUCAAGAUAGUAGACAAGGACGGUGUCCGUGAGAUUGAGCUAUGAUGGAAUGCAACUGUAUAAUACUUCAUUCUUUUCUCCGUACCAUGCCCCGAUGCAGUAACGUUGCAUUUCUCCUCAAUUUGAGACUACCGCGCUCUCAUGAACAGCGUAAAUUUCAACUAAGUUGAGUGUAUCAUACUGCCAAUGGUUAACAAUCGUUUUCCAUCAUAUGCAGUCAGGCGAAUCACAGUCAUCAGCUGGAUGUGUAUUCGUGCACCUCCUCACCAUCGUCCAGUCUCCGCACUCAUGC